AGCGCACGAAGUGUUUUUCCACAAACUUUCUCCACCUAAUCCUACAAGUCUUUCGGUAAAAAACAAUUGGACGACAGCUGUAGUCUUCAGUAGAAGUAUAUCAGAAACAGACAGAAGGCUUACCUGCUUACUUAACCCAUUUUUACUCCCUAUUGCUUACUUAAUCGGAUUGACAGACACAUCAUUGUUCACCAUUCACAGAAGGUGAUACAAAAUAGACAAUUUAUAAGCUAAGCAAUACAUAGAUCAAGCUGAGCAAUCAAUAUGGAGCCGGAGCGAGGUGGUUCGGAAUCGGAGGAGGAAAUCGAAUACCCUGAUGAAGCGGAUCACCCUCGUAGUUCUACUGGAACAGUAGGAGACUUGAGAGAUUAUGGCACUGUAGUAUGCGACUUGAGAGAUUAAGAUGAUGAGUUGGUCUUCUUUAGCUUAGAUUAUCACCUCGUGGUAGUGCAUUGUAAUGAUCAGCUUCUGGUACAUUGUAGUGAUAGCCGGUUUGUAGACCUUCUUUAAUUUGGGCAAAAAAUGAAAUAUGUUCCACGAGAAAUUACGUCCUAUCGAGUGUCUUUUUAGACCAUAAGCAUAUCCUCUAAAGCCCAGUGAUGAAACAAAACGUUGGAAUGCAGAGGGAGAGGCGCGAUCUUGAAGUGGUGCCUCCACCCGCGCAACCACAAAGGAGGAGCUCGCGAAACCAUGACUACGAUCCCUUAUGAAAUCAUGCAUGUAGUUUGGGUUUUCUUGCUCGCUUACAGUAAGCACUGUUGUAGCUCCAGUAAUACUAGAUGAUAUUGCAAGUGCUGCAAAUCUUGGUAUUGGGUACUGUAAUUGGUGACAUUCUCGUGUAACGAGAUUAUAGGUGAAUAUACUUGUUGUUGUUGAACUCACUCUUGAUCUGAAAAUUUGCAAAGAAAUCCAGUUCUUUGUCUUCUUUCAUUCUCGACUCCUCGCGAAACUGAUGGUGGUGACGGCGAUGACGAUCUUGAAAGGGAAAUGAGGUCAGUUUUGCUUGACGAAACAAGUCCGCCUAAGCCCAUACGCCUAGUGGCCGAACAAGAAGCAGUGAGCGAUGACGCCCCUCCUGAUGACAUGCUUGAGGGUGGUACAGAUGAUGGUCCUGAUCAGAGCAAUGCGAAUGAUGCACUAUUAAGGCAACCUCUAGUCCAUCUCAAUAGGGAUCCCGCUUACGUAUGCAGGGGCUAUUUCUGAGACAAAGGGAUCCCCACGAGGAUGAAAUCGGGGUAGCUCUAACACUACCAUCUGACGCCGCUCCAACUAGAAAAUCAAAUGUAACAAGAUCAGCAGCACAACUCUCCGCAGCAGGUAACUCCACAUCAACUCAGCUUAGGAGGAAAGUAGAAGAAGUUAGGCGUCGCAGCAACUUGCCGAAUACUAGCACGACUGGCGAUGAUGAUCAUUAUGUCGCGAACAUCACUGACGAGAUUGCGAGGCUCAGGCAACAAGUAGUCCCUCCAGCACACGCCGAUCGUGGUACUGUCGGUUUCACGAACCUUGUGACGCAUACAGGUAUGGGCUUGGGUUCUUAAUUGGCUGUAGAUGGUGAUCAGAAACUCUGUUAUAAACGAGAGCUCCAUCUUCAAUGAGAAGUCAUGAUAAAGAACGGUGUAGGAACUACGUAGGUCUUUUGUUCCCCCUAGUACUAGUUCUCUCUCCCUUUUUCCCCUCUCAUUUCGCCGACUUCAAGUAAAAGUCGCGGCUCAAGACUAAGCGCGAACAAUUCGCCUCAAUCCAGACGUACAAGGACAGGUCCGGGUGUCAGUCGCGUUGAUAUGAAGAAUGCAGGUAAAGAGAGGGGACAAGGCGGAGACUUAUUGUUAUGGUGCCAGUGCAUACAUUUGAAUGUGAUUGUCCUUCCAUGUUGCGCCAUUUUCUUCAGCGAUUCAACAUGCCUAGAAGCUACAUGUACAUCGAUUUGAAUCCUCAACAAUGUGGUAACAAACACUUUGUUUUAGUACCACACUCUAAGAGCCGAUCCAAGAUCACAACAAGAUACCACAGGAGAAGCAACAAGUGGACAACAAGCAGUCAUACUUCCACCCGAUUUCUUCCAUAAAUCAUGGCAUUUUUUUAACACGGACGAUUUUUGCCCUAUAGAGCAAGAAAAAGCAGCCCUGGAGGCCAUGGAACUGGAUAACGAGACGCAUAUAGAGAGAUUGGAUAGAGGUACGCGACUUAUUGUUGUUCUAGGGAUACAUCUUUCUAGAGGACGUAGAAAUAUUUAUAGAUGCAGAGCUUCGACUUUCAGUGAUGAUCAGUCAGAUUCAUCAUCGCUGAUUUCUCUUCUAGUAGUUGUUGUCACGUGUCAACUUUUUUCUUAACCGCACCGCUUCGCCAUUCCAAUCUUUGCGUGAGACCCAUCGUGUGUGCCAUCUAUGACGCCCUUAAGGCAGUCUGCACUGAACUUUGUGCGAGAUCCAUUGUAUUGCAUUGCAUUGUAUGGAGUGUCGCAAACCCCACGUCAGAGCAUCGACGUUCGUUGCAAGACAAGCGGCCGCCACUAGUGCUAAAAGUUCCACAGCCAGGCGGGGCAUCAAAAGGUCCACCGCGCCUUCAGCACAAAAUUCCGAGAGGUAGUAGAACUUUGCUGUAGAAGAACUUUGCUUCGCAUAGUUCUUUGAGACAACUCGCUAAUAUGUUAAAUCAACAGCUUGGAAGACAAAUGCAUGAGCAUGUGAGCAAUAGUAUUAGCUGUAAGAUAUUCUUCACUCUACAAUAAUAAUCUUCAUUGCACAUCACGUGAUAACAGACCCCCUCCUUUCCCAUCAUCUGAUAAUUCAGAAUCUAUCACACCAGGUCACAACUACCAUCGCGAGGACGUUGGGGGCUUGCAGGAGAUUCGAGAAUUGUAUCACCAAUUCCUCAACGACACGGCUUUCUGUGUCAAGUACAACAUCGUCGGCAGCAAUCUGCAUCCAGGAUAUCCGGGUUCACUACUCGUACUAGUCGACGCUCCAGAGGAGACCUUUCUGCCAAAAUUCUAUCCAGAGCAUCGAAAUGACGAGGCUAUGGAGACCUGUCCUGUGACAUUCAACCAGCACCCGGUGAACAAAACGUUUUUGGUACUUUUCCAUGUUGGCUACUAGUCUAGUCUUAAGUACUUACUUGAAGAUGCAUUUGAAGAUGAUGUAAUGAAUUCUGUGUGUUAUGUAGUAGUAGAAGCUACAAAUCAACAUAAACCAAUUUUACGAGAAGAGCACACAAAUAGUAAAUCACGCAGCAUGUCUGAAUAGCAAACCCGUUCUCCGUGAACCACAAAACAGCAAAUCCACCCGUAUUAUGAGCCCGAUGCCGAAUUGCUCGUGCGUUCUUUCACAGACUACGGCAAGAAGCUACCCCCAAGAUACAUUUGGAUGCAGAGACUUUUGAAUCUCAAAAAAUGCUUGCCGACAUCACAGGUAGUAUCGUUGUUUUGAGUACAAGUCUUUUUCUUCGCACUCCACUUUGUACCUACUGCAAGUGGAUAUAUCAGUCGUAUGAACAGCACCAUCAACUUAGCCAAUUUGAUAGACACCAGUCACCACAGGAGCGAACCGCGAGCGUUGGCAAGGCGGCUCUAAGCAUGGCUUUAGCACUUGGACGGCCUGACUGUGAAGAUAUGUCAGCAUCCGAACUACUGCAGCUCUAUACCAUGUAAGCCUACUAGUUGAACGGGAAACUUAGCUGUGAACAAUGUCAAUGCAUCUUGCUACUACGAAAACAAUUAUACCAGCUCUUCGAGCAAAGUUCAAGUGGACUAUACAAAUCUACUGGUUUACGAACUAAAACUUCUGCUGAAAUCGAACAAAAAUAGACCGCACAAAGUGUGAAAGACGACAAUAAAUCAGAAUGUAACGUUUGAAAAAAAUUAUACCUUGGUCAAGAAACA